AAUUUCUCUUUUUCCUUUUUUUCUCUUUUUUUUCCUUAUUUCCUUUGUAGGGUCUUCUCUAUUUCCUUCCGACUCUCACUUAUCAACCACAUCUCCCGUUGCUUGAUAAUAACAGUUCUUCUUUCGUUCCUCAUACCAAAGACAAAAACAUCCAACAUCAAAAUGCAGUCCGUCUUCGUCGCCCUUUUUGCCAUUGCCGGCCUUGCCAGCGCUGGACCAGCCGUUGAGAAGCGAGCUGAGUGUCCUGGCACCGGAGCCUACUACGUCUGCGGCAACAACAACUUCCGCGGGUACUGCAGUGUCGACCCCUGCGCUAUUCCCUGGUGUCCCGACUUCAAGCUCAAGACCUGCGAGCCUGCCACCGCCGAGAAGCCGGCCGGUGAGAGCCCCACCACCACCGUCAUCGCCGAGGUCCCGGCCCCCACCGCCACAGUCAAGAACCCCGGCGCUUUCCCUCCCGGUGACGUCUGCCCCCCCGGCCUGGGCCGACUCCAGGUCUGCGCCAACAACGGUUUCCGCGGCUGCUGCAAGGCCGAGGCGUGCGGCGUCGCAUGGUGCCCCGACUACAAGCCUGGCACCUACGAGCCCGUCAAGACCAUGAAGGUCAAGGUCCGACAGUCUGAUCCCACCGUCUGCGCUCCGGGCACUGGCUUCUUCCAAUCGUGCUCCAACGGCUUCCGGGGUUGCUGCAAGUCUGAUGCCUGCGCCGGCAAGACUCCUGUCUGUCCUUCCGCGCAUGUCAAGGCCCGUCAGGCCGACCCUACCGUUUGCGCUCCUGGUACCGGUUUCUUCCAGUCUUGCUCCAACGGUUUCCGUGGCUGCUGCAAGCAGGACGCCUGUGCUGGAAAGGCUCCCGUGUGCCCCCAGCCCAAGAUUAAGGCCCGCCAGUCCGACCCUACUGUGUGCGCCCCUGGUACCGGCUUCUUCCAGUCGUGCUCUAACGGCUUCCGGGGUUGCUGCAAGACUGAUGCCUGUGCCGGCAAGACUCCUGUCUGUCCUUCCGCGCAUGUCAAGGCCCGUCAGGCCGAUCCCACCGUCUGCGCUCCCGGCACCGGAUUCUUCCAGUCUUGCUCCAACGGCUUCCGGGGCUGCUGCAAGAAGGACGCUUGCGCCGGAAAGGCCCCCAUCUGCCCCCAGUAA